UCAGUUGCGAUGGGCGCUCACGCUCUGCACCUCUUUCUCGCGUUUGCUACUUUGACUCCUCGUGUGGCAUCGGAUUAUUCUUCUGAGCACGAGACAGAUUACGAAUUCGGUGACUACCGGGGCAAGUGGUGCUUAAAUGAGCAUGGUUUUGUCUAUAACAUUGGGGAAGUCUAUUACCCUAGCCCCACGGCUUGCCCCUGCACUUGUACAGAGGACGGUCCCCUCUGCAUAAAACCGAAAUGCCCGAGGAUACACCCUAAGUGCACACGAAUUAGUUACAAGUCAUGCUGUCCGGUCUGUGAAGCUAUUGCCAGAACCUGCAUCUACAGAGGGAAAACCUACAAAGUACUGGAGGAAUUUGUGCUGUCCCCAUGUGAAAGGUGCCGGUGUGAGGCCAACAGGGAAGUGUACUGUACUGUGGCAGAGUGUCCUGGACUGCAUUGUGUCAACCCCACAUAUGAGCCCCACCGGUGCUGUCCCAUCUGCAAAAAUGGGCCAAACUGCUUCAUUGGAAACACGGUCAUCCCAGCUGGAGUGCAGGUGGAAGUGGAUGAGAGGACUGUGUGCUUCUGCUCUUACAAGGAAGGCAUGUGGGAGAUACACCAUCAGGCCACCUGUGAGACACGGGAGACCAGGACAGACAGUGGUGGGACGUCUGAGCAGGUGGAGCAGCAGUUCUUGCCUGAGCUGGACACUAUCCCAUAAAGGGGUAUGUGAUAGAGAAAGGGGCUGCUUUUUGGCACAUUGCUGAAUCACUCCUGUGCUGACCUGUGCGGGAUAACAUAAGCUGUUUUUAUCUGGUCAGCCCCUCCUCCCAGAGAAAACCAAUCCUUCAUCCUGCCUGAAAACACAUUUCACAGUAGCCCCACCCCCACCCUGCCAACCCGAUGCACAGGCUUUCCUGUAAUAACGCACUCCACCCCAUCCUCCUCUGCUACAUUUAGGAGUAGAACAGACAGGAACACAGCAGGGUCUGGCCUAGUUACUGUGCACCCUGCUACUCUGUGCAAGGGCUCUGUGAAAAGAACAUUUUUGUAGCAUGAGCAUCACUUUUCUACAUGUGGAAUGCCCC